AUGGAGUAUCCUGCAUUGGGCACGGUGGAGAACGCGGACAGCGGCGGAGCCAGGUCGUACAACAAUUCGGAGGAGCGGGAGGGCCGGGAACCGGAUGGGCUGCGCUUCGACCGCGAGAGGGCGCGCCGCCUCUGGGAAGCAGUGUCCGGGUCGCAACCAGUGGGGAGGGAGGAAGUGGAACACAUGAUCCAGAAGAACCAGUGUCUCUUCACCAACACCCAGUGUAAGGUUUGCUGCGCCUUGCUCAUUUCUGAGUCCCAGAAGCUGGCACACUAUCAGAGCAAAAAACAUGCCAACAAAGUGAAGAGAUACCUAGCAAUCCAUGGAAUGGAGACACUAAAGGGGGAAAUGAAGAGGCUAGACUCAGAUCAGAAGAGCAGCAGAAGCAAAGACAAGAACCAGUGCUGCCCCAUCUGUAACAUGACCUUUUCCUCCCCUGUCGUGGCCCAGUCGCACUACCUGGGGAAGACCCACGCAAAGAACUUAAAGCUGAAGCAGCAAUCCACUAAGGUGGAAGCUCUGUCGAAACGCCUUACAAACCCUUUCCUUAUGGCCUCCACCUUAGCCUUGCACCAGAAUAGAGAGAUGAUAGAUCCAGACAAGUUCUGCACCCUCUGCCACGCGACUUUCAAUGACCCUGUCAUGGCUCAGCAACAUUAUGUGGGCAAGAAACACAGGAAACAGGAGACCAAACUCAAACUUAUGGCACACUACGGACGGCUGGCCGACCCUGCUGUCACUGACUCAGCCGGGAAGGGCUACCCCUGCAAGACAUGCAAGAUAGUGCUGAACUCCAUAGAACAGUACCAAGCUCAUGUCAGCGGCUUCAAACACAAGAACCAGUCACCAAAAACAGUGGCAUCACCUCUGGGCCAGAUUCCCAUGCAAAGGCAACCCAUUCAGAAAGACUCAACCACCUUGGAAAACUAGAGGUGUUUCUGUCCAGCAACCCAGGUUGAACUAGCCAUGAGCCAGCUUCCUGUUACUAUGGUCAGCCCUUGGCUCCGUCUUCCUCCUUUCUUACUCCUGGAGAAUACACAGGCCUGAGGCAGGAGUAGACCAUAGAGAGCCUCGGAUUGGCCCAGGCAAAUCUACUCCCCCUCCUCCCCUUUGGAAUUGGCCCUGUAGGUCAGGGUAAGAGAAGCAGAGAUGUUGACAGGACUUGGGAUUUCCCAGGGUGGUAAUUUGGAGGAUGGCCUUUCCCCUUCGUCAGCCCCUCUGGGCCGUAUGUCAUGAGACCCCAGGCCUAUCUUUCUACUAGAGGUCACUUAUAGACCACUCCCUGCAGCUAAAGAACAGAGGUCUCCCUAAGCUCUAGGCAUCUCCAGUGAAACCCAGAAAUUUCACUCCAGGCCUAGGCCUAGGUAGGAAAGGGCAGAUGGAAGUGGCUGCCACAUGGAGGCUUGGAGUUCAUGUGACACUUCCCGCCCCACAGAGAGUGUGAGCUUUCCUGAGCCUGGUAUCCGAUGCUGGCCAGUUGUCCAGAUUUCUGCCCACUGUGAAGUCUCCUCCUGGAGCAGUGACACAGUCCUGGCAGAGCACUGGUAUCCCGCUUUCCCCUUCUCCACAGUUCCUGAAUGGUGCUAAGGACCUGCAGCAACUGGGGACAAGCUAGAGCCGAAGGAGGCCUCAGUGCCCAGUGGGAUCACAGAACAUGCCAACAGAGGCCUUUCCCCUCCUCCAUCAGAGGUGCUCUGGCACAGGGUCAUGUGGGAAGGUCCCCACGUAAAAAUUUCCUGGAUGGCUCUCUCCCUUUAAAGGGAAACUGCCCUCACGCCAGCCAGCUCCGAGGCUGACCGCUGUCCUUUGGCCCUACUGGUCCUCUUGUUCCCCUUGCGCAGCAGACCGUCUGCCCAGGCUGCUGUGGUGCUAGUCCUCCCCCGUCGUCCACUAGGAGAUUCUGGAGACCAAGGAGCAAGAUGGACCCUUAAGAGAAUAGAAAAGAGAGCUGGUGUAAGCUUCUGCAGUGACGAAACAGCUAUGUCCCCGACCCCAAAUGUAGAUUUCUACAACACUGCUGUGCUUUAUGGCCUGGGACUUCACUGGGAGUGGACUUUACCUCAUAGCUUUCAAACAGGAAUUCCAUGGAGGGUCACCCUCUGAGGGGCCUGCUCACUGGGUCAGAGAAGUCCACAGCUGCUCUUGUGGGCUCCUCCCUGCACUCCCUGUCCCUUCGCCUGUAAAUGCCUUCGUGUAUUAUGUGUGUGCGUGCGUGUGUGUGCGUGUGUGCGUGCGCUUAUGCUCUAUCUUUUGGUCACUGAAGCAUCUAAAUAAAGAAUU